CUAGUACAAAAAAGGAGCACCUCCCUCUACUGAAGCACUUCUGCAUCCACCCUCCUUGUUUUUCGUCUUUCUUCCCCCUGCACGGCGUCUCAGCAUUUCCUUGGAUUCUUCCCGUCUCUGCACUCACCUGAGAUCCCACCAUCAUGGAUCGCUCAGUACAGGAGCUUUUCCUCAACUUUAUGAUCGUCUUAAUCACCGUGAUGCUGAUGUGGCUGCUGGUGAAAACAUACCAGGACUGAACCAUUCAACGAGAGGUGAUGGAGGGAACCUAGCACGGUUUUAUAAGACUUUGUAUUGCUACUGAUUGAUCUGUUUCCAAACAUGGGGUUUACAUCUCUCAGCUCUUUCAGUACACAUUUAUAUUUCUAGUCCAGAAUAUUUCAGGAUUGCCAAAGCUCUAUGUCAUUUUUUCUAGAUGAGCAGCAUGUCAUUCUGGGGAGUGAAGCCCUUGGAUCUGUAUUUGUAUUCAGAGAUGUUUUUAAACGUGGUCUUGAAUUUUGGCAAAAGCCAAACUUGAAGUCAGAGGAGAGAUCGAAGGUGAAAUAGAAAUGCAUUGAAAGGGAUUUAAGGUCCUGUUUUUUCCUCCAACAGCAAUGUCUAGACCUACAUAUGUACCUCUAAACAGUGACCAGCGCAUGCCUCUGUGUCAUUCAUAUAACUGAUGGUACAUUGAUCCAAGCUGUGGUGUCUGUUCUAUUUUAAGUGAUGAAUGUGCAAAAUGCAGACUCCGUAUUCACUGAAAGAGGACGUCGACACAAUUUUUGAAGCUCUAUGUUUAUGUUCAUUUUCACUUGCAAUUAAACAGUCGUCCAUGUA